AUGGCUACAGAGGACAUUCGACGACCUGCAACUUAUACUGCACCUAGUGAGGUGUUUGAAGAUCUGGUAGGUGACGACGAAGAAAUUGAUCCUUUUAAACAACGGACUGGUUCACGUCGUAUAAUUGAUAGACAAAAUGAAUAUCAUGCGCGAAUGUUUAAUCGAGUUAUUUCACCAGAAAGAAUGGAUCCCUUCGCCGAAGGUGACGUUAAAGGUGACACCCGUUCCUACGCUGACGUGAUGCGAGAACGUAGAUGGGAUAUGGAAACUCCUACAGUAGAGGAUUCAAAAUCAAGUUCCGAAUGGUCAAGAACUGAUGAUGAAACAUCUUCUGUUUCAAAAAGUAGAUGGGAUGAAACUCCUCGAACUACUGAUGACGAAAUGGAUACACCUCGUAAAAGGAGUAGAUGGGAUGUUACUCCUCAAGUUUCAACUAAAAAAUCGAGAUGGGAUGAAACUCCUACUCAUCCUACUGUACAAAUGGCUCAAAGAUGGGAAAAAGAUUUAGAUGCACGUAACCGACCUUUAUCAGAUGAAGAACUUGAUGCGAUGUUCCCAGCAACUGGUUACAAAAUAUUAGAACCUCCAGCUGGUUACGUUCCCAUUCGAACUCCGGCUCGUAAAUUAAUGGCAACCCCAACUCCUAUGGCAGCUGAUGGAUUUGUAAUGUUAGAAGAAGAUCGAAAUCAAACUUAUGAUUUACCUGCUGAAAUUCCUGGUGUAGGAAAUUUACCUUUCUUUAAACAAGAAGAUAUGCAACAUUUUGGUAAAUUAUUAGAUGAUAAAGAUGAAAGUGAAUUAUCAGUUGAAGAAUUAAAAGAAAGAAAAAUUAUGAGAUUACUCUUAAAAAUUAAAAAUGGAACUCCACCCAUGAGAAAAACUGCUCUUCGACAAAUUACCGAUAAAGCAAGAGAUUUUGGAGCCGGACCACUAUUUAAUCAAAUUUUACCUUUAUUAAUGUCCCAAAAUCUUGAGGAUCAAGAACGUCAUUUAUUAGUAAAAGUUAUUGAUCGUAUUCUUUAUAAACUUGACGCACUUGUUCGUCCUUAUGUUCAUAAGAUACUUGUUGUAAUUGAACCUCUCUUAAUUGAUGAAGAUUAUUUCGCUAGAUGCGAGGGUCGUGAGAUUAUUAGUAAUUUAAGUAAAGCUGCUGGAUUACCAACUAUGAUUGCUACCAUGAGACCAGAUAUUGAUCAUGUGGAUGAAUAUGUUCGUAAUACUACAGCUCGUGCAUUCUCAGUCGUGGCAUCAGCUCAUGGGAUUCCGGCACUUCUUCCAUUUUUGAAAGCGGUAUGUAAAAGUAAAAAAUCUUGGCAAGCUCGACACACUGGUAUUAAAAUUGUUCAACAAAUUGCUAUCUUAAUGGGAUGCGCUGUUUUACCACAUUUGAAAAAUUUGGUUGAAGCUAUUGCUCAUGGUCUUGAGGAUGAACAACAAAAAGUUCGUACAAUUACUGCCUUAGCUAUUGCAGCAUUAGCCGAAGCAGCCGCUCCAUAUGGUAUAGAAUCAUUUGAUUCGGUUCUUAAACCAUUAUGGACAGGUAUUCGUAAACAUCGUGGAAAAGGACUUGCCGCAUUUUUAAAAGCUAUUGGUUACAUUAUUCCUUUAAUGGAUGCUGAAUAUGCUAAUUAUUAUACUAAGGAAGUGAUGAUCAUCUUAAUUCGAGAAUUUCAAUCACCCGAUGAAGAAAUGAAAAAGAUUGUUUUAAAAGUUGUAAAACAAUGUGCUGCAACGGAUGGUGUUCAACCUCAAUAUAUUAAAGAAGAAAUUCUACCGGAAUUUUUUAAAAAUUUUUGGGUUCGACGUAUGGCACUUGAUCGUCGUAAUUAUCGUCAAGUGGUAGAAACCACGGUAGAAUUAGCUCAAAAAGUUGGAGUAACAGAAAUUGUGGGUAGAAUUGUUGAAGAUUUAAAGGAUGAAUCAGAACCUUAUCGAAAGAUGGUAAUGGAAACCGUGGAAAAAGUUGUUAGUCAAUUAGGAGCAGCUGACAUUGAUACACGUUUGGAAGAAGUAUUAAUUGAUGGUAUUCUUUAUGCAUUCCAAGAACAAACUGUAGAAGAUAUUGUAAUGUUAAAUGGAUUUGGUACCGUGGUAAAUGCUUUGGGACUUCGAGUUAAACCUUAUUUACAACAAAUCACUUCAACCAUAUUAUGGAGACUUAAUAAUAAAUCCGCCAAAGUUCGUCAACAAGCGGCGGAUUUGAUUUCCCGUAUAGCAGUUGUAAUGAAAACUUGUGGAGAAGAAAAACUUAUGGGACAUCUUGGUGUGGUACUUUAUGAAUAUUUAGGUGAAGAAUAUCCCGAAGUACUUGGAUCCAUACUUGGGGGAUUAAAAUCGAUUGUUAAUGUUAUUGGAAUGUCUAGUAUGACACCUCCCAUUAAAGAUCUUUUACCACUACAAGAAUCAUGUAUUGAUUUAGUUGGUCGUAUCGCCGAUCGAGGAGCGGAAUUUGUUAGUGCACGUGAAUGGAUGCGUAUAUGUUUCGAAUUAUUGGAUAUGCUUAAAGCUCAUAAAAAAGGUAUUCGACGAGCCACCGUAAAUACAUUUGGUUAUAUAGCCAAAGCCAUCGGACCUCAGGAUGUAUUGGCUACCCUACUUAAUAAUUUGAAAGUACAAGAACGUCAAAAUCGAGUUUGUACCACCGUGGCAAUAGCCAUUGUUGCAGAAACCUGCGCACCGUUCACUGUUUUACCUGCUUUAAUGAAUGAAUAUCGAGUACCGGAAUUGAAUGUUCAAAAUGGUGUAUUGAAGUCUCUUUCAUUCUUAUUUGAAUAUAUCGGAGAAAUGGGAAAAGAUUACAUUUAUGCCGUAACACCAUUAUUGGAAGAUGCAUUGAUGGAUCGUGAUUUGGUUCAUAGACAAACAGCUUGUACUACAGUAAAACACAUGUCACUUGGUGUUUUUGGACUUGGUUGUGAAGAUGCACUUUUGCAUUUAUUAAAUUAUGUUUGGCCAAAUAUUUUCGAAACUUCACCUCAUGUUAUAAAUGCCGUGAUGGAAGCGAUUGAAGGUUUAAGAGUUGCUAUUGGACCUGCCACAGUUUUACAAUAUACUUUACAGGGAUUAUUCCAUCCAGCUCGUAAAGUUCGCGAAAUAUAUUGGAAAAUAUAUAAUAACUUAUAUAUCGGUGCGCAAGAUGCAUUAAUUCCUUAUUAUCCUCGAAUAGAAGAUGAUGAAAGAAAUAAUUAUGAACGAUAUGAAUUGUCGAUGUGGCUUUGA